GAGAUGAAUCAGUUUGACGGAUACUGCUGCGCGUAAAAAGUUGUGGAUGGUUACUUUUACGCAUACACAUUUAAGGGACUAUUUUAUCUUCACACGUGGCAGUAUAAUAAGAGACCUGGUGACAUUUUUCCCUCUGCAAAAAUACCGCCAACAAGCAGACUGGAAGACCAUCCACACCGGAGAACACCGCGGAUCCGCAGAGCGCAGAUGAUCGCAACUGGUGUUUGUGGAGUAGCGCUGGUGCUGGUGUUGGUGGUUCUGAUCCCGGUCCUGGUGAACACCGCCGGGACUCCUGCCCGCUAUGAGAUGCUCGGCUCCUGUCAAAUGGUGUGUGACUCCCACGGGACAGCGGCGACCGCCACGGCAAAGGCAACCAACCCGAUUAAAGACAACCGCCUGGCACAGUCGCUGCCGACGUUCAUCCAAGGUCCUCAAGGUGAGCCUGGACGCGUGGGAAGAAUGGGUCCGAGGGGUCCGGUAGGCGAGCCUGGACCCCCUGGAUCUGUUGGUCCUCCCGGAGAGAGAGGGGCACCCGGCCCUCCCGGUCUACCCGGGUCCCCCGGAGCAAAUGGGCCAAAUGGUGCCAUCAGCGCUGCCACCUACAAUACUAUCCCAAAGAUCGCGUUUUACGCCGGACUGAAGAAGCAGCACGAGGGAUAUGAAGUGUUGAAAUUCGACGAUGUAGUCACAAAUCUUGGCAACCAUUACGACCCCGCUUCAGGGAAAUUCACCUGCUCAAUACCCGGGAUUUACUUCUUUGUUUACCAUGUGCUGAUGCGAGGCGGAGAUGGGACCAGCAUGUGGGCUGACCUUUGCAAGAACAACCAGGUGAGAGCAAGUGCCAUCGCCCAAGACGCCGACCAGAACUACGACUACGCCAGCAACAGUGUCGUCCUGCACCUGGAGCCCGGGGACGAGAUUUACAUCAAGCUCGACGGAGGGAAGGCGCACGGGGGCAACAACAACAAAUACAGCACGUUUUCCGGCUUCAUGUUGUACGCUGAUUGAAACAGAAAGUGGAAACAGCUCGCUUCACUGCUCAUGCUCGAUUCCAUGUCAGUUGGAUUACAAAAGACAGAGCUCAACAUUUGAAUAUUGAAAAAAAAAAAGGGGGGAGGAUGUGGAGGACGUCGUGCGUAAAAAAAAAAAAAACUGUACCUCAGUGUAAUUUCAGAAUAUUAUCACGGAUUAUAAAAUGUACAGCAAUGAAAUGUAACCCUGCCAAACUCAUUAGUGUUGCUAUUGCACCCUGAAUGAACUGCUUAGCUUUAAAAUAAUAAGUUUGCUGAUGUGUCAAACAUGCUGUGGCUGCACCUGCUGAGAGAAAGAAUUGACCUGAGACAUUCAGUUAAACGAUACAUAAUCACCAACCUGUCACAGU